UUUUUGCAGGAAGUUGGGCUGAAUAUCAGCUGGAGCUACUGUCCGAACUGUCUGUUAUUUGGAACUAAAAUACUCUUCAUUGCUGUUCUGUUCUAAAUAAUUCUCGCUUCUUUUUUCAAAAGCCGACUAAUCGAUCAUUGCUAGUUAUUUCUGGCGGAACGCAUAAACUGGUGUAUGAUUUCUACCCGGACACAGCAGUGACGGACGGAAGCACCUGGCGACAUGGAAGUGAAAAAUGCAAACGCUGCCAUGCUCAGUAACUACGAGGUGUUCAAACUUCUGACAGACCUCAAAGAACAGAGGAAGGACAGCGGGAAGAGCAAACACAGCCUCGGCCAGCAGAACCUCAACACCAUCAUGUAUGAGACGCUGAAAUACCUGUCAAACACGCCGUGCAGCAGACAGAGCCCCGAGACAGUCAAAGAGUUCCUGACUACCAUGAUGCCUCACAAACUCACAAAGGCAGAAAAACUUCAGCUUUUGAACCACCGACCACAGACGGCUGUGGAGAUUCAACUAAUGGUAGAAGAAAGUGAGGAGCGGCUGUCAGAGGAACAGAUUGAGGAGCUCAUCCAGACUGUGGCAGGCGUCCUACCAGGCGACCCGGAGCAGGAAAACACCGCAGCAGCAGCAGCAGACACAGAGAUGGAGGAUGGCGCUGCACAGUAAUGCAGACGCGGCCAGGCUGAAAACAUUGACCCGCAUCGGUCUGGAUUACAGUUUGAACUGGACAACAUGCUGACCAACAGAAGGGGCUGUAUGACCACAGAUGGUGAAGAUAUCAUUAUCAGUGGUCAUGUAGAGACAUCCCCCUGUUUAUAUAAAAAAACAAAAACAAAAAAAGGCUCCACGGUAUGGGCCAAGAGAUGAUCAUCAGUUUUAAAUAUUUUAACGCUACAUUAGAUGAUGCGGUGAGCCGGCAGCUACCAGCCCAACAUCUGCUAGAGACUCGCUACUUUGUCUGAAUGAUCAUGUGAUCCAGGAUAUUUAUUCUGGUCCUGUAGUUCACCUAUGUGGCAAAACAUGAAGAGUUCAUGGACAAUUAAAUCAUUCCAUUGUCAGAAAAUAGAAUAAAGUGUUAUCUCCUCUCUUCAAUUUGCCUGAAAAUAUUUAGUGCAAUAUUGUAAAUAAAGCACAUUACAUGAUCA